CACUUUUAUUCAUACACAGCAUGACUUCGAAUUUGGAGUUUGUUUUGGUUUGGACUUGGAAGAUAUUUUUAUUGUAGAGAAUGUCAGAAUUAGAAAUCUGUCGAUUUGCUUUUGAAGGAAAAUAUGAUAAGCUGAAAGAAAAAAUUGAUGAUGACAAAGCUUAUCUGACCAAAAAAGAUGGGUCUGGGCGAAUUGCAUUGCAUUGGGCUGCAUCUGGAAGCCAAAAGAAUAUUGUGAACUUUUUGUUGCAACAAGGUUCACCUGUUGAUGAAUCUGAUGAUACAAACUGGACUCCUUUGAUGAUUGCAACUUCUGUGGGAUGUACAGAUAUUGUUUCAACCUUGAUUAGCAGAGGAGCAGAUGUGAAUGCCAUCAAUCAAACAGGACAAACUGCCUUGCAUUAUGCAGCAUCCAAAAAUAGAGAUGAGAUUGUUCGUAUUUUAUUAGCAAAUCAUGCUAAUAUUAAUGCAGCUGAUAAUAUGGGAAGUACACCUUUACAUAGAGCAGCUUCAAAAGGUAACAUCAAAAUUAUGAAGAUCUUUCUAGAAGAAUAUAGCAACCAAUUGGAUCUUAAUCCUAGAGAUUGUGUUGGUAAUACUCCCCUACAUUUAGCAUGUGAAGAAGAAAGACUGGAAGCUGCAAAAUUACUGAUUGAAGCUGGUGCUAAUACUGAUACAUUAAAUAAAGAAAAGAAAAGUCCAUUUGAGAUGGCACCACCCCAGAUUCGUUCUACAUUAAGAAGAAUGGCUGAUGCUGUUUUGUAUCCAUGAACAGUACCUCAUCUCAUAUUUGGCACAACUAUUCAUUGCUUAUAGUAUAAAGACCACUUUCAGAAAAGAGGAUUAUUUAAAUGGAAGAAGACAAAGUUGUGUUAGCUAAUCUACCAGAUAUUUUACUGUAAGGUAAAUCGGAUUAAAUUACAACUGAUAUUGAUAAAAAAUACUUCAUUUAUUCCUGUUUAUUAUAUUUAAAAUGAAUAUUGCUCUGCCCUUAAAAUUCUUAAGUAUUUUAUCACAAUAGUGAUAAUUUUUUCAAAUUACCUGGACUAUUUCACAGGUUUCAUUUUGUUAAUACACCACUUUGUAUACCAAUUAUCAAACUUUCUUAAUGUAUUUUAUUUAUAUAUAAAUGUAGUUAAGUUUUCUUGAUAAAUAAGCAAAAUCUA